UUAAAUUGCCGCAUUCACGUGAAUUCGUGAUCAAGACUCAGAAACCCUAAGCAGAUCAUGAGUCGGGUGAUCGGAUCGUCGUUCCUUGCUCAGUAGUCAGUACUCUUUCGUGAUUAUUCGACUCUAGAUUUUUCUUUUUCUUUUUCCAACUCUGGUUAAAAUCAUACGCCUUCAAAAGAUCUGUGUUUAUAUAUAAAUAACAAAAAAAAAAAAAAAAAAAUCUGUGUUUAUAUUUACUCUUCGAGUUUGAUCAUACAACGCAGAAGUUAUAGAUGAUGUUUAUAAUGUGAGAAGAAACCUGUUGGUCAUAAUAUAAUCAGAGAAGAAGAUAUGAUUAACCAAUUACCAGAUUCUUUGAUUUACGAGAUACUUUUCAAUCUUCCCACGGAGGAUGUGGUCAAGACUAGCCUUUUAUGUCGCAGAUGGAGAUAUGUUUGGCAAUCUGUGCCUGGGUUAGAUUUGGUGAUCAAUGGCUUCAUCAAAAAGUAUGAUCCCAAGUUUGAUUUUCUUGAUAGGUUUAUAGAUUUGAACUAUUACUUGUGCUUACAAAGAGUCAAGCUAAGGUAUGUUGGAUAUGGUCAAAAUUAUCGAAUCAAGACGUCGAUGGACACUGUGAUUAAACAGAAAAUUCAACAUUUAGAUGUUGGGAGUAACUCAAGGUAUGCAUAUGAUAGACUUGAGAUACCUCCAACCAUUUAUACAUCAUGUGAGAGAUUGGUAUCCUUGAAACUCUAUCGCGCAAACUUGCCUAAAUCGCCGGACUCAGUUUCUCUGCCUUGUCUUAAGAUCAUGGAUCUACAACAAAUCAACUUUGUUGACAGUUUGGAAAUGGAGAAGCUGGUCUCAGUCUGCCCAGCCCUAGAAACCCUAACAACGGACAAGAUGUAUGGAGUUAAAGUCUCAUCUCAGUCUCUAUUGAGCUUCUGUCUGACCAAAAAUGGAGAUGGCUAUCUGAAAACACAAGUUGUAAUGCAAACCCCAAAGCUCAAGUAUCUAAAGCUGAACCGUCACUUUAUUGAAAGAAUCAUUCUAAAUGAUUUGAGUUCCAUUGUCAUGUUGAAUCUUGAUGAUUUGAUGUAUUUUGGUGAAACCUUGCUUAGUAUUCUUAAACUCAUCUCUUGUGUCAGAGAUUUGACUAUCUCCUUUGAUAUUCUUCAGGACAUUUGUCAGUUCUCCAAAUCGAAAUCACUACCAAAAUUUCAUAACCUUUCUAUCUUGAGCGUCACGAACAUGAUGACCGGAUCUUGGGAGUCUUUAUUAAUCUUUCUUGAGAGCUGUCCGGAUCUAAAAUCUCUUGUCCUGGGGUUUCAAGAUCAUAACUGGGGAGUAAAUUUUUCAGAUGUGCCCCAAUGUGUUUUAUCAUCGCUUGAGUUUGUUGAAGUUAAAGCAAGAGACGUGGCCGAUAUGAAUAAACUAGGGAGUUAUUUCAUGGAGAAUUCAACAGUCCUCGAGAAAUUUACUCUAUGCUUAGAUUAUAUAAGUGAAUGUGAUCAUGUGACCCUCGGAAAGCUCUUUACAUUGCCAAGAAGAUCUAACAAAUGUGAAGUUGUUGUUAGCUCUAGAAAAUUUGGAACAUACAAGCCCUUGUCUUUGUUUUCUGGUGCUGAUGGUUUCUGCUGCUGAGAGAAAGUCUAAUUUUGGCCUUUGAGCGUUUUUGACGACUUUUGAAUGAUUUCCUCUAAGGCUUUGUUAUAAUCCAUUGACUCGAAUUUUGAGCAUUUUUCCUCUUCGGACAUAGUAGACGACAACAGACAAA